CAUAAACCCGACUGCAACGGGAGAAGUUGAGUUUGAGGUUGAACCUGUUAGAACUGAUUAAAAAGUUAUAUACCGGUUUAUUCGUACCAAAAAACAAACAUAUGGAGGACGAAAUACUGAUUGUUCCAAGCGGAACAUCCGAUACAUUCUGUCGUUUGUGUUUCUCAGAAUCAAACGUUGAGCUGUUGGUAGUACCGGGAGUCUACCCGCAGCCCAAUCAGUCUUUAUUGGAUUUGGUCAAACGAUACAUCAAUAUUCGGAUGCCCGAUCAAAAUUCGCCAUGUGGAAUCUGCAGCACCUGUCGAAUGAUGCUGGAAGAGUUUGAUCGCUUUCGUGAGCAUUGCUUGCGCUGUAAUCAAGUACUAACCGGGGAGUUUGGCCCAAACGUGCAGAAGCCACCGAGUGCAGAUGUUUUUUGCAAUGAUUUGCCAUUUCAAUGUGAGAUAUGUGGUAGCGGAUUUUUUUCUAAGGGCUAUCUGGACGCACACAAGGUAAAUUUUCAUGGUGAAUCCAGCGCAGGAUCUACUGAGCACUUCAAAUGUAUGCACUGUCCUCGUAUAUUCGCUUCUUCGAGUCACAUGCGUAUACACGUGAGAAGCAUUCAUGAAUCUGUGCGUCCACACCCGAAAAGCACUGGUCAAUCUGGGAAUGCGAGUAAUGUUCCGGCAAAAAGAAGGAAAAAGCGUACAGGGAAUAUUGAGCAGACUGUACUGUCUGUUCCACCGUUAGUUCCGCUUUCAGGACGGGAAAAUCAAUUUGCUGCAAUAGAGUCUGAAGUUAUGCCAAAUGUAGCACAAACACUGGUCCCACAGGCCAGUGUAGACGACGGGAAAAAGCCGUUCGAAUGUGAAACAUGUUUCACAAGAUUCCAUUUCAUCGGAUCCCUCAAAAGACAUGUCGCUGAUAGUCAUUCUAGGAUACCCAACAAAAAUGAAAUGAAAAAUGUAGUUUCAAGUAAAAAUCGUGUUCGUAACAAACUUAUACUACCUAAACCAACGAUAGAACCGCAAACAACAAUAGAACCGCUACCGAAAGAUCCCGAGCUUGACGUAUUAUUAACGCCAAUAUAUAGUGAACACCAAAUUGAAGAGCCCCAAACCAAUGAAAUAUUGCCUGAUAUGUUUGACAUAACUGAAAGCUUGGAAAUAAAACCUCAAGAUUUAUAUUCCGAAGAGCAGGAAUUGACGGUACAACCGGAGGUUCCAUUGGUAUCUGAUUGCGUAGUUUACCUAGAGCGUAUGGAUGAGAACAUUAUUCCUUCGAUUCCUAACUAUGAAAUUCCGUUAGGUAAAUUCUUCCAUUCACUGCAGCUGAAAGCCCAAAAGGGCGCCCCCGUCGAGGACACUGUGGAGGACGAGAUCAAACGAAUCUAUCCAUCUCUACUGAAAAAACCCAAGAAGAUUUUCUACUGUGACCUUUGUCAGCAUCCUUGUCAUAGCCGUAUGGUCUUGACUCGACACAUGAUGCGACACGCCAACAUCGUGUUCACGUGCCCCGAUUGUAAUCGUGAGUUUCCAGACAAGAGCAGCCUGGAUCGGCACAUGCCGCUGCAUACCUGCGAAUACCCGCAUCCGUGCGAUCAGUGUCCGUUGGGAUUCGUUCGGAAAGGUUUACUGAACAAGCACAAGGAGCGCUACCAUGGACCGGAUUCGGGACCACUCGAUAUAUACUACUGUUCCUUCUGUCCGCGGGUUUUCAUCAAACACCAGCAGCUGAGAGCUCAUCUGUCGAUAAUGCACGUCAGCCAGGCGGACUACUAGAAGGUUUUUGGGGGCGCUGCUCCCAGGAUACGAUCCAAUCGGAUUUAUGAUCGUUUUAGGUGGUAAGUUUAUAACAUUAUGUAUUACUGAUCAAUACAGAGCUCUCGCAUAAAUCAUUCUACAUUUCAUCAACUA